AUGGCUCGCACCGCUGCUCAGAAGUUCUCCCGGCCCCUCUCGACUCGCAGGACUGGCGGACAAUCCACGGACGAGCAAGGAGCCUCUCCAGCGUCUGCCUCGACAGAGCGCAAGGCUCGCCGCGUCGUCGUUUCUGGCACGCGCAAGACGGUCGUCAAGGGGCGUGUCGUGCCAACCUCGGGUCGCAUCGUUCAGAACUGCGACGGCUGUCGCGAAGGGAGGAACAGGAGCGUUGCAGCGAAUGUGUCCCGCAUGCGCGGACGAGUCUGCACCUACUCUGCAGCGGGACCCAGUAACGCGCAAAUCGGCUCGAGGCCUUUCCAGCAGAACCAGGAGGAAAUCGCGCGGCUCAAGAAGCAGGUCGACAUCCUCGCUCGCGUGCUCCGCCUCACUGAGGACGAGCUCGAGGCCUUGAGCCUGGAAGCUGGCGGUCCUCUUAACCCUCCGCCACCCUCUCGCAACUCGCCGCCGCCGGACCCGCGACCAAAAGACAGGUUCGACGCGAUGUUCUCCCCUGGAGACCCGCUCAUCGACCUGUGUAGGGCGGCAGCGGUCGACAGCGACAUGCCCACCGAAGACUCGCAAUGCGCAGCCGCCGGACCUCCUCCCGCCAACCUCAAUAUCCGCGCCGCCGGACCUCCUCCCGCCAACCUUGACAUCCGCAACCUCUACAACCUUUACGAUGACAUGCCCAUCACUUCCAGAUUGCCACAUCGCUCGUAG